AGGAUUAGGGAGGGACUCUGAGCUUUGAAGAUUCAGUCUAGAGGCAACCUGGAGGCAAUCUCGGAAGAGAGGGAAGGAGAAAGAGAAAGCAUUUGACUGAGAUCUAUUACCUAGCUGGUGUAAGAGGGACCAAGCAGAUGCUGGGAGGACAAGGGCUGACAGCGCCUAACCGGUGAGAAGAUCCUGUUUUUCUGUGUAGCUAUAUCCCGUGGAAUCAGUGCAACAUCAUGUGCCAUCUAUGGAGAUUAUACAGCUCUGUUCUGAGAACUUUAUAAAAGAACCUUAAACUAUGUUUCAUGUCCUUCUGCCGAUUUUACUCUGCGCCUACUUUUUCCUGGAGCAAAAGACAAAACUAGUUGAUACAGAUGACAGAGAAUAGCAGAGCUCACCUGGGCCCUCCACCACCAAGGAAAAGUGGAAAAGACGGUCUUUCCUACGAAUCCCACUAUCGUCUGAGCCAGCAGUACCCAGUGAUCCUUCUCCUGCUGCUCAUCGUUUUGGCAAUAUGCUGUGCACUUAUAGCUGUUACCUUUGGCACUGGCCGGACCUUCUCGGACAACCUGGGCUUCCUGAUAAGUGUUUUCUGUGCCCUGGGAGUGUUUGCUUUACUCUUCAUUCUGGUGUGCAUAAAAAGCGUGCUACAGAAGGGUAUGAAACUGCUGGCUGUUAUCAUCUGGGGAUGCCUAGUCGCCAUGGGCUAUGCAUUUAUAUUCACUAGCCACAUUGUGACUCCAUGGGAUCAGGUUUAUUGGACGCUGUUUGUGACUAUCAGCCUGUACACCAUGUUACCUUUAAGUAUGAAAGGGGCAAUCUUUGCUGGACUUAGCUGUUCCCUAUCACAUAUCAUUGUACUCAGUGUUUACGUAUCUUCAUCAAGUCAUCAACCUGCUGGAGAAUUUGCCUUGCAGAUUAUAGCAGAUGUGGUCAUCUUGCUGUGCGGUAAUGUAGUUGGAGGUUAUCACAAACGCGUCACGGAAAGUGCAUUGAAGGACACCUACCACGAAGCUAUCAAUUUUAUUCAUUCCCGACGCAAAUUGUACUCGCAAGAGAGGCAGCAGGAGCAGCUGCUGCUUUCAAUUCUGCCACAGUACAUUGCAACAGAGAUGAAAGAAGAGAUCAUAGCGAGAUUAAAAGAAAAGCGACCACAGCAAGAAAGUACCAACAACUUUCAUAAUCUUUAUAUAAAGCGGCACAAAGAUGUAAGCAUCCUGUAUGCAGACAUUGUCGGCUUUACACUUCUUUCCAGUGAGUGCUCCCCCAAAGAGUUGGUACUCAUGUUGAAUGAGCUUUUUGGGAAGUUUGACCAGAUUGCUAAGGAAAAUAACUGCAUGCGUAUCAAGAUUUUGGGUGACUGCUAUUACUGUGUGUCUGGGCUACCCGAAUGUUUGCCAGACCAUGCCAAGAACUGCGUACAGAUGGGCUUAGAUAUGUGCCAAGCUAUAAGGAAAUUGCGCAAAGCCACCGGUGUGGAUAUUAAUAUGCGUGUUGGAGUGCAUUCGGGAAAUGUGUUGUGUGGGGUGAUUGGGCUCCAGAAAUGGCAGUAUGAUGUCUGGUCACAUGAUGUAACCCUUGCCAAUCACAUGGAAGCAGGAGGAGUGCCGGGGAGAGUGCACAUCACACAGGACACUCUGUCGCACCUUGGAGGUGACUAUGAAGUUGAAGACGUGACAUACAGCCAGAGAGACCAGUAUCUUAAAGAUAAUAACAUAAAAACAUACUUGGUCAUUGACCCCAGAGUUAGUGACAACAGUGAGGAAGAUGACAUACUGCCUACAAAGUCUGCUGAGGUCACCAAGACAAGGGCAUCUGUCCGUAUGACACGCUACCUGGAAUCUUGGGGAGCUGCUAAACCAUUUGCUCAUCUAAAUCAUAGAGACAGCCUUAUACCUGAAAGCCUCAGCACCUCCCGCAUUAUGGAUCUGCCAAUGUCUGCUAUGCCUCAAUACAGAAAUACGGACAAGUUUCGUUCUCCAAAAGAGGCAAAUGAGUCUACAAAUGAUAACAGUAUCUCCAGUAUUUUGGAAGAACUUAAAUCCUUGAGACAAUGGAAGAAGUCUGAAGAUUUUAACCGAGUCACUCUGUAUUUCAACCAGAAAGCCAUAGAAAAAGAGUACCGCCUCUCAGAUUUGCCAUCCUUCAAGUAUUACACUGCCUGCUGCUUCUUCAUCUUUAUUUGUAACUUUAUAGUCCAGAUGUUGGUGUCUCCCAAGAAUACAGCCCUUGGCAUCUCAUAUGGCAUUUCAUUCUUCUUAUUUAUACUUUUCCUCUUUGCCUGCUUUGCUGGACAUCUAUCUAAAUGUAUCCUUAAAGGACCACAGAUACUCCAUUGGGUUCCUUCUCUCUCCUCUGCUCUCUCCAGCCGGCCCUGGUUAAGAGUACCCUUUGGGAUCCUGACAGUUGUCACUGUGUUGUUUAUGGCAGUUUUUAACUUGUUCUUUUUACCAGAAGAAGCAUGUCCCGGUUUCUCCAUGAAUACAUCAAUAACUUCAACCACCGAAGCUCAAACGUUGUACAGUUUUCCGUAUUACAUGUACUGCUGUAUUCUGGGGCUGCUGUCUUGCUCUGCCUUACUCCUCAUGAACUUUGAAGUGAAGCUGAUCCUGCUGAGUAUUGCCCUGGUGAUAUACAAUAUAAUCUUCUUGCACACUCACAGCUGGCUAUCUGACUGUUACAUUGAUUGGCUGUCUGUGAACCAGAACAUUUCCAGCCUAGGAGUUCUGAAGGAGCCAAAAAUCAUGGGCAGCAUUUCAUUAUUCAUCUUCUUCUUAACCCUCUUGGCACUGGCCAGACAGAACGAAUUUUACUGUCGGCUUGACUUUCUUUGGAAAAGGAAGUUCAAAAUGGAGCAUGAACGUAUUGAGACCAUGGAGAAUCUUAAUCGUGUUCUGCUUGAAAAUGUCCUUCCGGCUGAUGUAGCCCAGCAGUUUAUCGGGCAGAACCUUAGGAAUGAGGACCUGUAUUACCAGUCUUAUGACUGUGUCUGUGUCAUGUUUGCAUCAAUACCUGACUUCAAGGAAUUUUACACAGAAUGUGAUGAAAACCACGAAGGCCUGGAGUGUUUGCGCCUGCUUAAUGAGAUCAUCGCUGAUUUUGACGAGCUGCUUUCAAAGCCAAAAUUCAGCAGUGUUGAAAAGAUAAAGACAAUCGGCAGUGCAUAUAUGGCAGCAACAGGAUUAAAUGCAACAUCGGGACAAGAAAACCUACAGGAUGGAGAUAGGAAUUAUAAUCAUAUUGGCAUAAUGGUAGAGUUUGCAACUGCCCUUAUAGGAAAGUUGGACUUGAUCAAUAAACACUCUUUUAACAAUUUCAAGCUGCGUGUAGGUAUUAAUCAUGGACCUGUAGUUGCUGGGGUUAUAGGAGCCCAAAAGCCUCAAUAUGACAUCUGGGGUAACACAGUCAACGUGGCAAGCCGAAUGGAUAGCACUGGUGUACUAGGAAAAAUUCAGGUCACUGAAGAAACGAGCAAAGUACUUCAGAAACUAGGAUACACGUGUGAACGCAGAGGAGUCAUCAAAGUUAAAGGCAAAGGACAACUGUGCACUUAUUUUGUAUCCACUGAUAUGGCACGUUCAGGUUCCCAGGGAAAUGUUCUGAACUAAGUUUUACAAUGGCAGCCUGAAUUGCACAUUGGAUAUUCUACAGGAACUUCCAUAGGAUGUUUUGUUUUAUCAGUUACCAGAAGAUAACAACAUAACUAAACUGAACAAGCCUAACUGUAACCAAAACACAUAGGACAAUCGUGCCAGGCAUUGGAAGACUCAUCCAGUUGUUAGCUGUGGUUCAGGCAAGAUGAAUAUUUGUGCAUUGAGCCAACUUGAGGAAAUAAGCACAAAUUCUGCAGACACUGCCAUACAGCACAAACCAAGAACCACUAGGCCUUUGUUGUGUUCUUGCAAUUACAUGGACAUCAAAGUUGAAUUAUGUUGUGUAAUUUUGAGUGAAACAUGACACAGAAACUGCUAGAAACCUGCCAAAGGACAGUGUCAUUACUCCCCCCCUGUGGGGACUCAGUGUAACUGCAUCAGAGUAAAUAGAUGUUCUGCUUCUGAUACAACUCAGAGUAAACUAACUGAAAAUGUGAAAGAAUAUAAGCGAGCUGGGACUGUCCCAAAACUGACUACUAGAGAUGUUUCCUGAAUUGUAAUGACAUUCAGUACAGCACUGAACAUAUCGCUAUGUACAUAGAUAUAUUUAUAUACCGCAUCAUCACUCCCAUUGUAUUUAUUCAUUGUAAUAAACUCUUGUUAAUAAACUCUUGUUUUGUAUGUUUAAAAGCAGCCAAAAGAACAAAACCCUAUUACUUCAGGAUAGUCAAUGGAGGCGAUCAGAAAAGUCGGCAAACUGGCUUGAAUGCAGUAAUGCAUGAAUGUAGAGAGCCACGUAGGGAUAAAUCAGUUACUGCCCCAUAUACUUUAUAUUUAGCUGUAGAUCUAUAAGCUGUUCCCAUUGAGAAAGGUAAGGAUAUAUUCACUCAAAGCAGACUGUCCCUUCCAUCUAAAUGACAGCAGACUGUCCCUUCCAUCUAAAUGGAGCUCAUAGAAACAGACUACAGAAACAACUCCCCAUUUGAAUGUAUGGCAUAGAUUUUUUUGGUCCGUGAAAUUUCUGCAAUAAAUAAAUCUGCUAUGUGUCAAGAAUUCCAUAAGGGUAGGUUCAUAUAGUUACAAAAAAUAUCUGCUUAAAAUCCAACUGCAAAAAAUGCUUCAAAAACAUCCUCUGAUUUCGGCACUACUUCUGAUGUGUUUUUUCAUGUGGCAUUUCAGGCAUUUUUUUUCAAGCUCCCAUUGAUUUCAAAGUAAACUCCAAGCAGAACUGCUCAGAAAAAAGUAAUGUCCCUUCUUUUUUCAGUGCUGUUUUCAUGCUUUGUUUAACAUCCCCCCACUACUGUCACAGGGAGCUGAAAAUCGCUUGUUUUUGAAGCUUUGUUUUAAAGGGGUACUCCCAUGGAAAACUUUUUUUUUUAAAUCAACUGGAGCCAAA